AUGUGCAUACUUGAUAUUCUCAUGCACCUUCCACGCUCUGUUUUUUCAGAACGACAGAUUGAUAUUUUGCUCUGGCUACUUUGGGUCAACAACAUGGACGAUGUACCUUCAGUGAAGUCUGUCAAACUUAUCAAAGACACUAUUCAACGACUAUGUGGUAUCCACCCAAUUCCUUAUGAUGGUGCUCUUGGGCAUAGGUACUAUGUUAACUCAUUGCCUGACAUUAUUCAGCAGGAAAUGAUGAAUCCUCGAGUUCGCCCACUGUUGCACUUCUACCCUAAAGAUACUGCUAAAUGUUGGCUUGAGGAACUCGACCCGGAGCUGCUUACGCCUGUUAUCAGACUGCACAACCAAGAUUUCUUUAUUUUCGAGCCUGCAUUGCUAUCAAGCAGCCAAGCUUGCAUUCCCUUUCGCUGGUUCGUGUGUGGUGGCAAGAUGUAUACUAAAGCUUGGUCAUUGUGGCCUGUUGCUCAUGAACUGGAUUGUGGUUGGGUUGUAGAAGAUUUUUAUUCAUUUGAAGUAUCUGAAGACGAUCUUCUUGUAUCAUUCAAAAACUGGGAUUCGAGCGAAGCAACAUCUGGUCUACCUCAUGCAUACUCAAUUUAUGGUGUUGAACAUGAACCGAACAGUGAAUUGCAGCCAUGGACAUUGACCAAUCCCUCUGAAGGCAACCAAUGGCAUGUUCGGGCAUUGGGUGCUCGUGUAUAUGUGAUGCCUCUUUGGUUAUACUGCGACGAUACAUCUGAAAACUUGCCAAAGAAGUGGAACAAACACAAUUCAUUCCUUUUUACGGCUGCGGGAUUGCCACAAGCAGAAGUUCACCAAGAGUACAAUGUUCAUUUUCUUUGUACAUUGAGUCUUGCCUCUCCGCUUGAAAUGUUGGAUGGUAUUGUAGACCAACUUGAAGAAUCUUGGAAGCAAGACAUCUGGGCCUGGGAUUGUGUCCACAAGGAGUAUGUUCUCAUCAUUCUGUCAAUCUUGGCAUUGCUUGGGGACAACCCCAUGCAAAGUGAGAUGGCCUGUCAUAUUGGGUCGAUGGGAAAGUACUUUUGCUGUAUUUGUAAAGUGAAGGGGCAUGAUGCAACUGCUACACGGCCUGAAGACACUGACCACAGUGUCGGUGAGGUUAGUGGAAGUGAGUCCAACGCCCAUAGACAUGCUCCUCUGAAAUAUACAUGGAAACAAGCAAAGGAGACCAUGGAGGAGAUGGUAACACGAGCUAAACAGUUCGUAAAGGACACCUUUCUGGACUCAUUCUUAAAUCGCCUAGCUGAUUCACACUGCAAAAUCUGUGGUGGUAACAAGGCAAAACAAGAAGCGCUUGAUAGAGUCAAAGAGACGCUGCCUGAAAAUGUCAUAAGUAUUGAUCCUCACACUGACAUGCCUGUGGAAAUCCUCCACAUCGUCCUUCUUGGAUUUGUCAAAUACCUUUGGUGUGAUGUUGUCUCUGUAAGGAUCGGAAAAGACAAACUGAAAUGUGAACUUUUAGAAACUCACCUAUCAUCUCUUGACAUCUCAGGUCUUGGACUCAGCCAUCUUGCCGGUCACACCCUCGUUCAAUAUGCAGGGUCUCUUGUUGGUCGUGAUUUUCAUGCCAUUGCCCAAGUUGCACCCUUUGUGCUUCAUGACUUGGUUGCAUUAUCAAAUCUGAUACCACUCAUCUGGCAGCCUGAAAUUGAAAACUCCACAGAACAUUUGCGCAAGCUCACAACAUCAAUCAAUAACUUCCUUGCAUGCACCGCCAAGUGGACUCCUCAAUGGUUCAAUAAGCUCAAAUUUCACAUUUUAUUACAUGUUGUCAACCAUAUUCAACGAUUUGAGCCAGCUGCUUUGUUUGCAACAGAGGCAUUCAAGUCCUUCAAUGCUGUCAUCUGUGCAAAAAGCAUCCAUUCAAACCACUGUACUCCUUCUCGGGAUAUUGCACGUUCCUUUGCUCAUGGAAGUCGGAUUCGUUAUAUUCUCUUGGGGGCAUGA